CACUCACCGCCAUGGCACUUUUGUUAGCCCUAGGAAGAAGAGCAAAUCUACAGUACUUCUCAGUUAGGAUGCUCAACUGGAGAAUUGGAAGAGGAUUUUGUAGCGGCAUAUACACUACUAGUCGUCUGGAAGUUCCAUGUAAGGAAGAAUUCCAGAUAGAUUCUUACCGUGUUUGUUUUGAAACAAGGCCAAAGGUCGCACCUUUACCUGAUCAAUUUGGUGGGGGAAUUGUAUUGACUAUGGAAACUAUGGGAAAAUUUUCGAAAGUCUUCUCCACUGUUUCUGCAUCUCCUCUGCUUCCUGACGUCAUCCCAGACUCUUCACCCCGCAUAAAGGUUGAUUACCAAGGAGACCAGUUUCGUUUUAAUGACCGUGUCUGUGGAUCCUUUUUGCGGAGGGAGAGUGCUCGUAUUAUUCGUGCACCUAUUCGGCCGCUUUUUCCAGCUUACUUUUACCAUGAUGUGGAGGUAAUGGCAAGAGUUCUCUGUUGUGAAGCAGAACAAAAUACAGAUGUAAUGGCUGCCAAUGCUACAUCUGCAGCUCUUAUGCUAUCUGACAUUCCGUGGGGCGGCCCAAUUGGGGUUGUACGUAUAGGAAGGAUACAGGGACAGUUUGUUAUUAAUCCUUCAAGGGAUGAGCUUUUCUUUUGUGACCUCGACUUGGUUUAUGCCUGCACCCGAGAUGAAAAAACUUUAAUGGCAGACGUACAAGCUUGUGAGAUUACUGAGGAAGAUCUAGAAAAAGCGCUACAGCUAGCACAUCAACAGGCUGUAAAAUAUCUUGCCCCUCAAAUUUCAUUGGCUAAAAAAGCUGGACAACAUAAGAAGGAUUACACAUUAACAAUGCUGAAGGAGAGUACUGUCCAGAAACUCAUGAGCUUGGUGGAAGUGCGGUCCGAAGCUUUUCCUGAUUCCGAGAAUGAGAAGUUUGGUUUCACUUGCAAUUAUGGGGUAACGGGAACAGCAUAUAAGGAAGUAAGGGAGCCGUGUUUCCAGGUUAAGGAUGACGAAGUUUUGGAUAAAAUUACUGUAGAUGUAGAAAGAGUGACGUCGGUAGAGAAAAAUGAUGAAGAGAAAAUAAAGGUUCUUCCAAAUAUCAACAUACUGAAGAAUACGGUUGAAGGUGUGAAAGCUGAGAUCAAACUUACUGAAGAGGUAGAAAGAAUACUGGACGCUGAGGUACACAGUAAUGAAAAAAUAAAGGUUAUCCCGAAGAUGGUUGACAUGCUAAAGAAAAAGGCUUUCCACAGGUGGAUUAGUGAGAAAGAUCUUAGAGUCGAUGGGAGGCCUCUUGACAAAAUUAGGCGGCUAAAAUGUGAAUCUACCAGAAUGUCAGAAUUACAGGGAUCAUCACUUUUUUCUCGUGAGCAGACUCAGGUUAUAUGCACAGUGACAGAAAAAAGACCAGUUGAGGAUGAAGCUGAGUACCUGGGUGGUGAUCCGCAUCUCAGUGUCCCCAGAUAUUCAUUCAAAAGUCGACCCUUCAGAGUUGAUGGAAACUGGAAAAUAGGCGAUUGUGAUAGUUAUGAUGCUGGGGAUGGCAAUUUUGUGGAGAAAGCUUUGGUUGUUCUGUUACCUGAAGAAUAUAGAUUCCCAUAUGUUGUUCGUGUCAACUCACAAGCUAUUCGCUCUGAUGGUUCAGUCUCUACAACCGCCGUUUGUGGAGGGAGUAUUGCUUUGAUGGUUUCCGGCGUCCCACUAAAGAAACAUGUGGCAGGUGUUUCAGUGGGUAUGGUUAGUGAAGUUCACCCCACGGAUGGAAAGAUGAACAAUUAUCGAAUACUGACAGAUUUAUCAAGUUUGGAAGAGCAUCUAGUGGACAUGAACUUCAAAGUGGCAGGCUCACGAGAUGGAAUUACUGCUAUACGAUUGGAUGUAAAUGUAGCCGGCAUUCCUUUAGGUAUUAUCUAUGAGUGCUUAGGACCUGCAUUAAAAGGUCGCCUUGAAAUCCUUGAUAGGAUGAAACAAGAGAUCAGUGCUCCCAGUUAUUGUACUUCAGAUGAUUGGGGUUGGAAUGACGCGGUAGUAGUCACAUAUAGACUCCGACCUAAGUCUAUUGAGCUCUUGACUGAACCCGAUGGUACAUGGCAGAGAGAUUUCGAACGAGAAACAGGAGCACGGAUUUCUAUGAUUGAAGAUAGUGAGGUUACUGUAGUCGCAAAAAAUGAAACAUGUCAUAUGCUAGCUAAGCAAAAGAUUGAAACUGUUAUCGGGAGUGAGGUUGAAGUUGAAGGGCCACAUGAAGAUGAGGCUACUACUGAAACGAAGAGUUACGUGGAAAUACCAAUUGAGCAGGUUGAUCAACUCUCGGAUAAAAUAUAUGUAGCUGAGCGUCAAGAACUGUCUCACAGCAGUUUCAGUGGUGAAGAUCAGCUCCACCGCCGUUCAAAUUUGGAUUUGCAGUUAAAAGUUUAUGGUUUAUCAGAAUUCUGUAAUGAGUCAAAAUUGUAGGAGUCGUAUGAUUUCUCAGAAAUGGCUGAUGCCUUAUCUAAGCUUUAAUCUUUAAUCUAGAUGAGAGACCGACUAAAACUUGUAUCAUAAGAAAAAAAAGGCGCAUGAAACUUUUCGAUUUCAAGUUAAACUUAUUUAAUUCCAAUGCAUAAUGUAAAACUUGUAAGUUAGAAUUGGCAUGCCAAUUUUCUGAUGAUUCAUCGAAGUUGUGUUGUAAAAUUCACUGUAUGUAAAAUGCUACAACGGAAUCGGCAGGUACAAAUCCUCUUUGA